AUGGCGUCCAGCCUGCACCAUCUGGCGGCCGGCAUCACGGAGCGCUCCAAGACGCUCAUCAACAACGACCUGAAGAAGAUCCUGAAAGAGGAGGGCCUUUCGCAGACGGGGAACAAGGCCGCCCUGCAGACGCGCGUGAUUAGCCUCAUCAACAGCGCCGUGAACACGGCCAACACCGAGACGCUGCGGCGCUUGCACUUCAGGGUCCAGAACCACGGCGAGGCACCCACGCCCACCAGCAGCAGCAGUCCCACGGCCCCGACCUUGCCCAAUCCCGCCCCGCCUGCCAUGAACGCGCACACACCGACCAAUGGCUACUCGAGCGCCAGCCAGUUCAGUGCCCUCCACCAACUGCCACCACCCCGCCCUGCUGCACCCUCCUACUUCUUCAAAGACAGCCCCUUCUUCGAGGUGCGCGAGCUGGUGCUGACCAACAUCACCCUUGAAGGCACGUCCACCUACCCUUCCCCAUGGCACCCCAGCUAACCUCGUCAAGCGUCGCCAAGCCACCGCCAGAACUGCACCCGGAACCUGAUCAUCAACGAGCAGAUUGGCGCGCGUCUCAAGUCAGAUCCAUCACUGCGCCUGCUGUUGUUCUCCGCGCUCGAGGCACCACUCCCGCCCUUUGCUCGCACUGACAUCACCUUCCCCGCGCAGAUAGAAGUGCGCAUCAACGGUGACGAGGUCAAGGCCAACUACAAGGGCCUCAAGAACAAGCCCGGCUCCACGCGUCCUGCAGACAUUACCAAUUUCGUCCGCAUCUCACCCGCCAACUACCGUAACCAUCUCGUCGUCACAUAUGCCCUUACGCACAAGGCAAGUUCAACUCAACACGAGGUUUCUUUACCCCCUGUGCCACCCUCGCAGCACGCACACGCGCUGACUCUGCUGGUAGAAGUACAAUUUGUUUGUAUACAUGGUGAAGAAGCACUCUGCAGCAGACCUGACAAAACAGAUCGCAGGGAAGCACGUCAUCUCAAAACAGUCGGUGCUCAACGAGAUGAAGGCCAAGGCGGCCGAUCCUGACAUCGAGGUUGGGUCGAGUGUCAUGUCGCUGAAGGACCCCAUCUCCACAUUACGAAUCAGCAUACCCUGUCGGUCCACCGUGUGCACGCACAACCAGUGCUUCGAUGCCGAGUCGUUUUUGCAGUUACAGGAGCAAGCGCCGACCUGGAUCUGCCCCAUCUGUAGCAAAACGGUCCACUUCAACGGCCUUGCUGUAGACCAGUACGUCGAGGAGAUCCUGGCCAAGGUCAAGAAUGCCGAUCAGGUCACAAUAAGCCCCACAGGCGAGUGGUCGACGGAAAAGGCCGCCUCGCCUCCUAGGAAGAACGGAGCCGCCGUGGCGGACGACAGUGACGACGAUCUGGUUGAGAUUCCAGACUACCGUGUCGCCUCCAUCAAGAGCGAAGCCGUACAAACACCCACAUACCUCAGCACGCCCCCGAUGCCAUCCAGAGAACCAUCGGCGGCGCCUAGAUCGGGGACGAAGCGAAAGUCAGAAGUUGUGGACCUGACGUUGAGCGAUGAUGACGAGCCUCCACGGCCGGCUAAAAAGGUAGCGUACCGACCCCCAACCAGCCUUCCUGAACCGUCCCGUCGCUACGAGCUUCCUCCCCCCAUUCCCCGUCCCUCACAGUACGAUGAGUAUUCCUCCUCGUAUCGCACCCCACCUUCAGGGUCACGCUUGGACUACCCACCCCGCCCCCACACUCCCUACACCAGGCCCGAAGGAUGGGAUGUCUAUAGGCCACCGCUCCCAGGCACACGACCGCAGCCCCAAGACUACACCGGCUCUGGCUCAGGCUCAUCCCGAUACCCUGCCUAUCUCGGCUCCUCCCCUUGAUACAUGUGCGCGUCUUUGUACCACAUAUACUUUCAUUUGUCACACGGCUGAACUAAUAUCGUCUUCAGGCAAGGGCAGAAGCGAUAUAG